AGGGUGACAAUGUCCGCGAUAGCAGCCAUCAGCAACGAGAAGAGGCAAGCCAUUGCUGCAAUAAAUGCCAGCAAGAUAUGGUCUCGAAGUGAGCUAUCAGACUGGGACCGGAUAGCCGAUCAUAUGGAUUCCUUUCACAAUCACUUUCGUCAAACAUUCGAGCACGUAUACCGUCAUGCGGAAGACUAUAGAAUGCUCGGACUCAGCUUGAACAGCUUUCUAGCGCAAGCCAUGUCACUCUACACGCACUUGAAUAUGCACCAUUCCAUCGAGGAGCGCUUCAUUUUUCCUCAUCUAUCACAGCGGAUGCCUCAAUUCGCGCAUGGCGAGCAGCAUACCAGAGAGCACCAAGAGAUGCACAAGGGACUGGAACGAUAUUCUGCGUAUAUAAAGACGGCACAGCAGACGCCAAGCAAGUACGACGGAAGCGAACUACGAGCCAUCAUGAGCGAGUUGGGCAGUGUCCUCAUGCCACAUAUGGAUGCAGAGGUGACAAGCCUAAAGGGCGCAUCUCUCCGACAGUAUUGGGCGUUUGACGAGCUCAAGUCUUUUCCAAUGUAGCCCCUCUAGCCGAACAGGCGCUUCAAGAGUCUUCACGCUGGCAUGCACAACUCGAAUGCAUUCCGUC